GGCAGCGAAGGCAGCAGCAUGUCUGGCAGAGGCAAGGGCGGGAAGGGGCUCGGCAAGGGGGGCGCCAAGCGCCACCGCAAGGUGCUGCGCGACAACAUCCAGGGCAUCACCAAGCCGGCCAUCCGGCGCCUGGCGCGGCGCGGCGGCGUGAAGCGCAUCUCGGGGCUCAUCUACGAGGAGACGCGCGGCGUGCUCAAGGUGUUCCUGGAGAACGUGAUCCGCGACGCCGUCACGUACACGGAGCACGCCAAGCGCAAGACGGUCACGGCCAUGGACGUGGUGUACGCCCUGAAGCGCCAGGGUCGCACCCUCUACGGCUUCGGCGGCUGAAGCUUUUCUUUUGCCUCUGCACGAUCUCGAUAACCCAAAGGCUCUUCUAAGAGCCACCCACCUUUUUCCUCAGAAAGAGCUGUAACAUUGUGAAUAGGUUUGUGCUCGAGCUUGUUAUUUUCUUAACAGCUUGUAAAGAGGCUUAAAAAUACUGCUAGUUAAUAAAUAGAGCUUCUUUUUUCUUUCUUUUUUUAAGAAAUACAUCUGUUACUCAUUUCUCACCAUUAAAAAAACAGUUGUGUAACAGAAGCGCUUUGCUGGGUUUUUCUUGUUCUCUGUGCCUUGGGAUAGACCUAUGUGUUACCACUAAAAUUAAUUGUUUUGUGAUUAUAUAGAAACUAUAACUGAUUUGUU